AUGCCGCAUUUUAUAAACAGAGACCAGCUUUUUGCUCAUCAGGUUCAUCUUCUGGAGCACAAACUCCGGAGUAAAGAAGAGCGGAUUUUGGAGCUAGAGACAGAAAAUGCUCUCCUACACAUGAGACUUGCUCAGUGUAUGGGGAAACUUCGACGGGAUCAACAGGAGGAUGUGAUUCUAGCAAAGAGACGUUGUCAACACCAGGAAAAAAGCUCUCAAAAGGGCCACCAUGCUUCCUUGGCUUCCAAAUUGCUCUCACAAGUACAGACUCUGAAAAACGAUUUAAGAAAUGUUUUAGCUGUAUAUUUGAGCUUUGCCACAGAGCUGGAGAAGCAGAGAAAGCAGCUAUUGGAGUUGAUGGGCUUCAUUGGCAGAGCUGUCCAGGGUGAUGACGUCCAGAAGCUGAAGGCACAUGUGGCAUCUCUGGAGCAUUUCUUACAAGAGGAGAAGGAGAGGUGUAGAGCAGAGAGGGUCAGAAGGAAACUCCUCCAUAACACACUAGUUGAGUUGAGGGGUAAUAUUAGAGUGCAUUGCAGAGUGCGUCCCAUCCUACCUUUUGACCUCGGCCUAGGCUGCAAUGGGUCCUCAUCCUCAGAGGUGGUGGUGCAGGCUGUCAGUGAGGAGUCUGUUCUUGUGAAUUGUGCUAAACCUGGGAGUCCAGUAGUUAAUAAAUUGUUUGAGUUUGAAAGGGUUCAUGGUCCAGAAGACACACAGGAUGCUGUGUUUGAAGAAGUCAGGCCACUUUUAACUUCCCUGUUGGAUGGGUAUAAUGUGUGCAUCAUGGCUUAUGGCCAGACAGGCAGUGGAAAAACAUAUACGAUGAUUGGAUCUCAACAAGAGAACCCAACACAGCCUGACCACAAGUCCCAAGAGGGCAUUAUCCCCAGAGCUGCAAAUGAGCUAUUCAAGUUGAUCUCAGAAAAGCCAGCAGAGACUUACACUGUGGAGGUUUCUGUGGUGGAGGUCUAUAAUAAUGAGCUGAUAGACCUAUUGGCCAAAGAUGAAGAUGGAGCAGCAGUAGGGAUGAAGAGAGAGGUCAUCACAACCAGUACAGGCACCAGUGAAGUGCCAUGUCUUACACAUGUGCUGGUUCAGAGCUCUGUGGAGGUGAUGCAGCUGAUCAGUGCAGUUGUAGGACUAAGGGCACAUAUUCCCACACUGGUGCACAGAGAUUCCUCCAGAUCGCAUCUUAUUGUCACUCUCACUGUCCUAUCCAAAAACCCGAAUGCUCAGGCCCUGGCUAACAGGUUUCAAAGUGUAAGGCAGAAUAUUCAGCGUGGUUCUCAGAAACAGUGGUGGAGCCCACGCUGUGCCAGAGCUGCCUCCUCUCGCUCUUCCAGCCCCAGUUUAUCUCCUAACUCCUCCCACUGCAACAUCCCAUGUUUGUCAGCUUUGCCCAUUGUCUCCCAGGAGCCCAUCAGGACCAAGCUCCAGCUAGUAGACCUGGCUGGAAGCGAGUGUGCAGGGAUGUCUGGAGUAAGUGGUGCAGCUCUGUGGGAAAGUUCCUGUAUAAAUCGCAGUCUUUCUGCUUUGUCUGAUGUUCUGGGAGCUCUGGCAGAGCAUCGUGCUCAUGUGCCCUACCGUAACAGCAAACUUACACACCUUCUGCAGGACUCUAUAGGAGGGGACGCUAAGCUGCUGGUGAUGCUUUGUGUGUCUCCCACUCAGCACUUUUUCUCAGAGUCUUUACAGUCCCUGGGCUUCGGCUCCAGAGCCCGACAGAUCCAGAAAGAGACACUGCACAGGAAGAAUGUGGGUCUUAAAAGGAAAUAACCCAGUAACAGAUCAGAUAAAACAAUAAAAUCUGACACAAAGAAGGGUUUUACAGCUUUAUGAUCAGUCUAGGUGUGUAAUAACAUCAUAUGAGUCCUGAUCAUGAGAUUACACAUCACAUAUCACAUUCUGAACACAAGACAUCUUGAGCAUUGUGUGGAGGUAUGAAAUAUAACUCACUCAUAUAACUGAAAUUGUGGGCUGUGUUUUAACUUGGUGUUUUCAAUGUGAUGUAUAUUGUGAAGACCAAUGUGUAAACUUCUGUGCAACUAUUAUGUUUGGUACUUAAGUUACUGACUAAACAGUUAAAGUAUAUUUCAGAAACCGUGUAUACUGUCUUUUAA